CUAAUUGGCAUCUAGUCCAAUCUACUAAACGACACGAAAUAUUUUUAUCGUAUUCAGUUUGCUUAUUUAUUGUUGCCAAAUGCUUUGGAUAAUGGACGUUUGAUGAGUGGCUAUUUCGGCUGAUACCUGAUUGAACUAGAGAAACUCCGCCCCUCUGUUCAUCAUCUAGUACAUUAUCUUAUGUAUGCUUUUCCUUAAUCACUUUUUUAUAGAAGCGUGUGUCGUUUGUAGAACGCAUCAGUACUUUGUUCAAAUGGUGUGUCUUCAAAAGCUUAAAGUAUAGCUGGCACGAUUAUGGAACGUCUUACUCCAACUGGAUACCAACUUAUCUCAACAUAUAUUUGUUUUCUGAUUCUGKCUGGAGGAUUUAUUCAAAUAGUUACUUUCCUAGUCCUCAUACGAUCUACCGAUCUCAAGACCAAGUCCUUAACGCCRUAUUUGAUCAAUGUAGUAGCAGCAAACAUGGUCAUGAUAGUGGGAAGUUUCCCAUCGACGUUGGCUUCAUCCAUUGCCAAUGAGUGGGCGUUYACUGACGAUCUUGUGUGUCGUAUAGUAGGUUUUCUAGGUGGUAUAGCUGCCAUAUCGAUGAUCGCCACGAUGACUUGCAUAACAGUUAAAAUAUAUAAUACUCUUGUUUCACGUGGAUUGAAAAAACGCUUGAAGGGCGAUCAAAACUUGACACAAUACAAAAUCAUAUCAUUGGUUUGGUUGUACUCAAUUCUUGGCAUGCUACCUCCUUUAGCAGGUUGGACAAGAACGAUCAAGGAAGCUGCCGAUAUGAGUUGCGCACCAAAUUGGAAUGCCGAGRRCACACCAGACCUYGUAUACAUAUUACUUUUAACYUUUAUAUCGUACRUUAUACCAGUUUCAAUAGCAAGCGUUUACCAUUGGAAAAUCAACAAAGCAAUUAAUGAACAUCUCAAAACAGUCUCUCGAUUUUCAAGCGCGCAGAGGCAACUGGAAGGUUUUCGCAGCAUCAGCAAAAUGGCCGGUUUGGCAAUCGUAGCAUUUACGAUCACUUGGUUGCCAUAUUGCGCUUAUGCUCUCAUUUCAGCUUUCGGAGGAUCGCAUCUGAUUGAUACCAAGACGGGAUUAAUUGCGUGCCUUGUGGCUAAAUCAAGCAUUCUAUACAAUCCUUUCAUAUAUGCACUAGUAAACCCAAGGUUCCGAGCGAAUGUUAUGGAUUUUCUCAAGAUCAAGCAUCUUCGAUCUUCGUCAGUGAAUUUUUUAGCUCGUGCAACAUUAUCGUUCUCGGGUAACACAGAGAAUACCUCUCGUCCAAAUCAACCUCGAAUCAUAUUCCGUAACCAUCCUCAGCUUCGUCCCCGGGGAGGACUUGAGAACAAUCAKAGUGCAGAGAACGAAUAUUCCUUCCCUUCCUACUUUACAAAGGGAACAGAGAAUGCGGCAGCUUCCAGAGAGCCUCGUAUUCUUGUUGUACGACCGGCUGUGGAUAAAGAUAGCUUUUUUACUAGAGAAAGCGAUGUCAUGUCAAUGUGAAAAMUUGCUGACAGCUAAGGAAAGCAUUAGAUACAACGCAAACAUAUUUAUAAACAAGGCUCUUUUAUAGUCACAAUUGGGAAUUUUCCUCGUUUUUUGCGAGAUUCCACUGUGCAUAAUCGAUCGAGUUCAAGUGAUCACGCAAAAUCUUGAUGCACGCAUUUCAUUCAAGUCUGAGGUUGCCACGUAUGCUUUUCGUUUUUACCAUUCACUGCAAAUAUACUAGGCAAUCCUGUAUUCUUAUUAGCUAUGUAACCUAGGGCUAAGAAUGCUGAGGGAGCAAAUCGARCAAUAUGGUAGAUGUAUGUUUUUACACAGUUUUGUGACGAUUGUCCUUAAUUUAACCAUGUGAAUAUGAAUAAAACAUAACAAAGACAAUGACGACGACGACAACAGCAAAAACAGCAACAACWACCUUUAUUUCAAAACGCUCCUUAUUACAACGAUAAACAUUGCUGGGACGCUUAUAUUAAAAUACAAAUCU